CUUGAAAAUCACACUCUUCCCAACUCCCUGGUAACAAGAUUACAAGAAUUCAAGGAAGUCAAUUAGCUGCAGCAUACUGUUAUUCCAAGUCCAACAUCUGUUUUGUCGAAGAAUAAGAAUCUCAUAAAGAAAAGAAAAGAUGUAUAAAUGCAAUCACAAGGACCGGAUUUCGAAAUUGCCGGAGGAAAUGAUCCACCAUAUACUAUCAUUUCUUCUCAUAAAAGAUGCUACUCAAACAUCCGUUCUGUCCAAGACCUGGAAAACUGUAUGCUCUUCAUACAAAAUUUUGCAAUCUUUGCAUUUUGAUGAGAAUUUAUUUGCUUUAGAACUACUAAUUUCUGCUCAAAGUGGACAAGAGCCUAAAAUCCAGGAAAUAAGGGACAGAUUCAUGAAUUUUGUGAAUAAUCGCUUGUUGACUAUACAGCAACAACAUUCGCCAGUUUUAAAAUUAACAUUGAAUCUGGUUGUUCUUAAUGCCGAGUUUUCUCCUGUUGAUCGAUUGAUGAAUCUAGUUACACAAACUAAGAUUGAGGAGUUGUGCAUUUUUGUUCAAUCAAAAGACUCUUUUUGGUAUGAAAUAUGUGCGGACACAUUUUAUAAUUUUCCUUACCUGGAAAUACUUGUUUCUUCAAAAUGGUUGCAGUCUCUUACUGUACGAGAUUGUCAAUUAUCAUCCACUGUUGGAAACUAUGUGGUCGGGAUGUAUUCUUCUUUGAAACACUUGUGGCUCUCACAUGUUAUGGUGUCGGAUGAGGAGAGCAUAAGCAACUUGGCAAGUAGUUGCCCAUUGAUUGAACUUUUAGAGUUUAAAGGUUGCACUUUUGGGAUGGAAACUCUCACGCUUUCUAUAUUUCAUAAGCUAAAGAAAGCCUCUGUUGAGGGAUUUCAGUGUGGCCGGAUUUGUGAAGUUGACAUCAGAGAAUGUGUAAACCUUGAGAGUUUUUCUUGUACUGCUCAUUUGGAAUUAUUGUUCAACUCAGAUGGUGGUAGUAAUAUCAGGGAUCUCCACUUAGUAGACCAUCCUAUCGUAUAUGAAGAACUUACAGCUGAUUUUCCACUUCUUGAGAAAGCAAAGAUUGUGACAAAAAAUAUUGGUGUAGAUUGGUUUAAAGCAGCUAAUUAUCAUCUAAUGAAGUUAGAAAUAGAAUUUAAUCCUCACGAGAUUUAUGUUGAUUGUCCGAAUUUGAGGUAUUUCAAAUACCGUGGUUUUGGUUGUAAGAAGGUUUUUAUCGAUUGCCCAAAUCUAAGGGAGUUGCUCUAUAAGGGGGACCAAGUACCAUCAAUACUUAAACUUAACUUACCAACUGACAAAUGCCUUGCAUUUUCGUCUUUCUUGUGA